AUGGAGUGCUCUGAUACCCAAGCGCUGCCUCUCUCACUUGAGCCUCCCGGACCUGGAGAGCAAAAAUGCCAACGUGCUUCAAUUCAAGCAUUGCGUGACCAUCGAAGGGAUAUCGCCCAGCAAGACGCUGAGGCGAAGGCGACGAAGGAGAGAGUAAAGAGAGAGAAAGAUGAGAGGCGAAAGCAGGAGCAAGCGGACCGACAGGCUACGAUUGCGGCGAAGAUCAUGGAAGGUAGGGCGCCUACGAGGCAUACAGGCAAGGAAGCACAAUUGGCGCUCGAGGACGAGUAUGCGAAAGUCGAUGGGAUCUUGGUGGCCAGGAUGAGGUUGCAGAAUCUGAGAGAUAUGUGGAAGGUGCUGCAGUUGAUGGGGUAUACGAGGUUGGCGUAUGUGGACUGA